GUUCUCGGGGUUUCAGCAGUCCUUCUGACACCACCAUAGCCCCGGGAGCAUGGAGCCUGGGCUACGGCCGCGAUCCGCUCACAGGCAGCGUUCUCAAUAUUGAGCCGAACCAGAAUGAAAGGAUUAAGCGGGAGACUCUAACCCAACUGGAACGUCAGCCUGGGCCGAGGGGAGCCCCAGCAGGGGGGACAGAAGAUAAAAGGUGGCCAUUCAGCCUCCACUUGGAAGAUAUCCAUUGAUGAGGAACUCAUUUCAUUCUACAGAAGAAUGCUGAAUUUGGAGUUUCCUUACAUUUUGUGUGGACUGAAACAUGUUCUUGUCUUCCCCAGUGGCAUGUUUUGUUGGUGAUAUACAAAGAGGCUGAUGUGUUUUAUUGGAGCCUCCACCUAAAUGGGUCCAGUCAUGCCUCCCAGUAAGAAGCCAGAGGGCUCAGGAAUUAGUGUUUCCAGUGGCCUGAGCCAGUGUUACAGAAGUAGUGAUUUGUCCAAGGCCCUUCAUGAUGACGAUGACCUCGACUUUGCCUUGCCUGCCAUCCGAUUAGAAAAGGGGGCGAUGGAAGAUGAAGAGCUCACUAACUUGAACUGGUUGCAUGAGAGUAAGAACUUGCUAAAAAGCUUCGGGGAUUCAGUCCUCAGAAGUGUCAGCCCUGUUCAGGACAUUGAUGAUGACACUCCCCCAUCUCCUGCUCACUCUGAUAUGCCCUAUGAUGCCAGGCAGAACCCCAACUGUAAACCUCCUUAUUCUUUUAGCUGCCUCAUAUUUAUGGCCAUUGAAGACUCUCCAACUAAGCGACUACCAGUAAAGGAUAUAUACAACUGGAUCUUGGAACAUUUUCCAUAUUUUGCAAAUGCACCCACGGGGUGGAAAAACUCAGUGAGACAUAAUUUGUCAUUGAAUAAGUGUUUUAAGAAAGUGGAUAAAGACCGAAGCCAGAGUAUUGGAAAAGGGUCCUUGUGGUGUAUAGACCCAGAAUAUAGACAAAAUCUCAUACAGGCCUUGAAAAAGACACCCUAUCACCCAUAUUCACAUGUGUUUAAUACACCUCCCACAUCUCCUCAGGCAUAUCAAAGCACAUCAGGUCCACCUAUCUGGCCGGGAAGCACCUUUUUCAAGAGAAAUGGAGCCCUUCUGCAAGAUCCUGACAUUGAUGCUGCCACUGCCAUGAUGCUUUUGAAUACUCCCCCUGAGAUACAAGCAGUCCCUCCAGGAGUAAUACAAAAUGGAGCCCGGGUUCUGAGUCGAGGUAUGUUCCCUGGAGUUAGACCACUGCCAAUCCACCCCAUCGGAAUGGCGGCUGCUGUGAGGAAUGGUGUGACCAGUUGUCGGAUGAGGACAGAAAGUGAGCAGUCCUGUGGCUCUCCAGUUGUUAGUGGUGACCCAAAGGAAGAUCACAAUUAUAGUAGUGCCAAAUCUUCCAAUCCCAGGAGCACCUCCCCAGCCAGUGACUCCAUUUCUUCUUCUUCUGCUGAUGACCAUUAUGAGUUUGCUACAAAGGGCAGCCGUGAGGGCAGUGAGAUUAGCUUCCAGAGCCAUGAGAGCCAUAGUGAAACUGAAGAGGAUGACAGGAAGCAUAACAGAAAGGAGACCAAGGAUUCUUUAGCUGACAGUGGGUAUGCGUCCCAGCACAAGAAAAGGCAGCAUUUAUCCAAGGUGAGGAAAGUCCCUAGUGAUACACUGCCCCUUAAAAAGCGACGCACGGAGAAGCCCCCAGAGAGUGAUGAUGAGGAGAUGAAGGAAGCAGCUGGAUCUCUCUUACACUUAGCAGGAAUCCGAUCCUGCUUGAAUAACAUCACCAAUCGGACGGCAAAGGGACAGAAAGAGCAAAAGGAAACCACAAAAAAUUAAAACAAAUCACUGAUUUGUUUUGAACUUACUAAAAAAAUUUUUUUGUUUCAGCACGUCAGGAGAAUUCUAAUGAUUUGUGGCAAUAUCAACAAUUUUUUUUUUCCCUUUUGGUUUGGUUUAGGGUUUUUUUUUUUAUUUUUGUUUUUUUUUUUUUUUGGACCCUUAAAAUUUUUUAUUUUUAAAGGAGAUUGAAGCCAUAGAACUCAUACUGACACUCAGCUGUUUUACAAAAGCUUUUCAUUAUCUGAAGACAAAACCAUAAAAGCCAAAAUUUACAUUGCUUUCUCCAGCUUGUCAGAAGUACAUGGUUGAAUAUGCUGUGACACCCGCUUUAAUGCAAUGGAAGUACAAUUUGGCAUCAGUUAUUCCUUGGCUCCUAGAGGAGAUGUGCACAAAUCAGUCAUUGGUUAGGCCCAACCCCUAGGAUUAAGAAAUUAAAAUGAUCACAUGAUUGGGUUAAUGAAUUGAAUGUGAAUAAGGAGAUUUGGGGAAAGCAGGAAACCCUUCCGUCUUGACAGAAUCAAGAACCUGCCAGUGGCACUAUGGUUUCCAGUGAUACCGUUGCAAGUCUGGAGUUGCCACAUGUCAGGCACAGUUGUUUUCUGCUUUUACAUACCCUUGUGGCUUGAAAAUAUAAAGACUGAUGCCUUUUAAGUGGUGGAAACUGAAUUGUGUAUGUGAUGAGUUUCAGUGAAUGAUGAGAAGAAAUAGGGCAAAUUGUUAGAGAUUUUGCUAAUCAUUGAAUUCUGUAUUCUGUAGUAGAUUCAGAAGCCAUAAACCCGAAGAUUGGCACUGCAUACAAAAAAUAACAAUAAUGCAGAGAACAAGCUAUGUCUUCUUAACUGCCUGAGUGAAAAGCAAUCAAGUCUAAGAAAUUACAGUAGAUAUUAAGGAAAGAAAUAAUGAUACAGAUGUUUUUCUGUGGAUCAAAAAUAUUUGAUCUAGUUUAAAAAAAAUUAGAAGCUACAAAACCUGCCAUUAGUAUUAUGAUGUGUUAAAAAAAUUUUUUUUUGUUUUCAAGGCAUAUUGGUGGACAAGAAAAUAAAAUCUACCAAAAAAGAGCUCCUAAGCUGCCCUCAAAAUGGAGUUUGCAGUUAAUGUCAGUCAGGAUUCAUCUGUGCAAAAAUCAUUGAUUUCCAGAUUCACCCAGUGUAGCCAGCAAGAAUAUCUGAUCCACAGUGCAUGGAUUCCUUUGAGGAAAACAAAACAAGAAAUCACAAAAAAAAAAAAAAAAAACACAAAAAAAAUACACAAAAAAAAACAAAACUUUUUUUUAUUCAAAAAUAACAAAGUUCUUGUAAGGUAAAUAAUGUAUUUAGCAUGAAGCAUGAAUUAUUUUCAUAUAAAUAUAGAAAAUAGAGAAAAGGCUAUGCCUCUAAUUUUUAAGCCUUUAGGCUUAGAAGUUUUUUGUUUUUUUUGUUCUGGUUGGGUUUUGUUUUUGUUUUUUGUUUUUUUUUUUGUUUUUUUUUUUGUUGUUGUUGUUGUUGAUUUUUUUUUUGUUUGUUUUGUUUUAUUUUUGGUUUUUUGAAGCAGGUGUUUAAGGUUUAACCUUCUUCAGGGACAAACACUGACUGUUGGGGAAUUUACUCUGCAAUAUAUAUAAAUAUAUAUAUAAAUAUAUAAAUAAACUCCACGCUCUGGUAGGGCUUGGAUGGUUGAACUAUACUGCCUUGUCUGAACAUUCAGCCCCUUCUCCCCCCACCCUGACUUCUCUGUUUUAAAAAGUGUGUCCUUUCUCUUUGUCUGUACAUGUCUAACAUGACGCAAUAAUUUGAGGGCAAAUUUAGUAGUGAGUGUAUAUGAUAGAAUCAAGAGAAUAAUGGGAAGCUGAAACUGAGAAAAUCAUGAUGAUUUGGUUCUAGGAUAGAUGGCAGUGAAUAAUUAUGCAAAUUUGCCCCUAAGGAGGAAGAAGAAAUUGCUAACAGGCCUUAUCUGAUAGUGGUGUGAAAUACGGUACAAUGUUCAGGAGACAGGGACACAGGUGGUAGAAAUGCAAUUCCCAGGACAUUUUACAAUAACUAUAGAAUUUAAAAAGAGGCAAGAAGAAGCCCCUGAUCUCCACGUCCUCAGCAUUCUAGAAUAUUGUUCUAAAAUUAUCUGAAUUAUGAGGAUAUACUGCAACAGAACAACCUAGUGAAAAAUAGAAACCUCUUUUAUGUGUCAUUUAUUUUUAAAAAAUGCAAAUAUGCUUAUUUGAGCUUGGGUUUUUCCUCCUUUUCAAAAAACUUUGAAAAGCUAACAGAAAGAUCUGAUAGUUUUUCCGUUACCUCCCCUUCUAAUUACUGAAAUUAGAACCAACCAAUUACUGUCCAAUACAGAAUGGCUUGGGAGGUGAUUUUGAUUAAGAAAUGAAAGGUUUGUGUAAGGGGUUCAAAUCCAUCUGUGGGUAUUUGGUGAGGGAAUGUAGGUCUUUAAAUCAAAGGGUGAAGACCAAUUGGCCUAUACCACAGAGUUGUUUUCCUCUGAUUCAGUGAAGGGGAACUCUUAGUUUUAUAAAUAUAUCACAAGUAGAGCCACUUAAUUGAGCCUGAAUUCAUCUUUUGCCAAUACAGCAGCAUUACUCAGGCAAGAUUCUGUCACUGACUGAAGCACGAGUGUUUUGUUUUUUUUUUUCCUAUCUGGUAAAUGGGGACAGAAAUGGAGGCAAUCUGUUCUCUCAGGUUCACCUAAGUUCCCUUGCACCAUAGUCACCCAAAGGCAGAUUGAAUCUGAGUUCUCCUUUCUCAUUGUUUUAAGCCCCGCAAUCCCUACAGAUUAAUAGAAAAGAUUAUCCACUCCAGCUUCUCUCUAUAAAAUUGUAUUUAUUCCAUAUUCUGCAGAACACAUUCAAGCCUGAUUUUGGCAAGGUAUUGUUAAUUCCAGUUAAUACAUAUAAACAGUUUCUGAUAAUUUCUCUUUUAAAUGAGCAAAGACUUUUUAGAAAACCAUAAAAUAUUUCAUGUAAUUUCUUAUCUCGAUCCUUUUGUGUUCUUUACUCUUGAACCACUUUUUUGCUUAAAUACCUCAAUCAGCAACUUUCCAAGUGUCAUUUUCCCCCAAGUCUCACUUUGUUGGGGGCAAUUUUGGUAGGGGCUCUUUUUCCUUUUUAUUUUGAACAUUACACAUUGUGCACAACCAAAACAAUGAGUCAGUACAGAAUCACAGGAUCUGAAUUGGAAAGGACCUCUGAGGGUAUCCUGUCCAAUCCAUGCCAGACCAAGAGUCUCCUCUGUAACAAAACUGAAACUAGGUCAUGCAGUUUUUCCAUGAAGACCACUUCUUUAGUGGUACCUACUAUCUCUUGAAAAAGCCCUUUCAAUAGUAGCUGUAAUUAUAAGGAAGGUUUUCCUUCCAACAAUCUGAAAUGUGUGUGUCUCCUACUUCCCUUUGCCCCUUCUUCUGUUCUCUGUAGCCAAAUUUAAUCUGUUUUCUGUUUCCCUCUGAUUCUCUUUCCCCUAGUUCCAUCCCAGUGAUCCGAAUAUGGCAUCAUCUUCAAGGCCCUUCACUACCCGUCAUCCUUUUCUGAAUACUUUCCCCUCCUAUUCAUGUUCUUAAAAUGUGGCACUCCAAACUGAGCACAAAUUCUGCAGAUGGGGUCUGACCAGGGCAAAAUGCACUGGAUUUCUCCUUUCCCUUGUCCUGUAUACUAUACUUUUCUAAAUGUAGCACAUGAUAUCAAUUUCCCCCACCCUACCCCCUGUAAUAUCCCUCUAUUCAUUUAUGUAACUUGCCAUCUCCUUCAUUCCCUAAAUCUUUUUCAGAUUUACUGCUGCCUCACCACACCUGACCUAUUUGGAACCUUGGAGGUUAAUUUUCUGAAGCCAUCUUAAGACUUUAUUUACAUAUUUCCUUAGUAAAUUUCAUCUUGUUAUUUUGAUUCUAUGCUCUAGCCUUUUAGGAUCUCUUGUGCUCCUGAUUUUGCUGCCCACUGUGUUGGCCAACCCCCUGAGCUUUGUUUUGCAGUUAGUCUGCAAGUUGGUCAGUAUUGCAUCUAAAACUUUUGGCCAAGUCACUAUGGUGAAUUGCCCCUUAAGAUGCUCUAGUAGACACCUCCUUCCAAAAUGUCAUCUGAUUAUUAAUUACUAUUCUUUGGACCUAAUCUGUUUCUAAUGUACCUGACUUCACUGUAGUUUAGACAUCAUCUGCCCAUCUUUUUCACAUUACUAGAAUGAGAAGACACUAUUCCAAACUUCAUUAAUAUCUAGGUAAUCUUUAUUUACCAUAUUCCCAGGACCUACCAAUCUGCACUUUUAGCAUAGAUAAGAGUCAUUUGGCUAGGGCCAAAAGAUAUGCAUGGAACACUCUAUGAAAAUCAUUGCAAAAUUGUCCUUGAACCCCAUGCUUUCUUACUCUUACUAGUAGCUCUUAGGGCCAACUCUUCCAAAAAGUAAUUGAAUUUAACCAUAUAUAUAUAUAUAUAUAUAAAUGAACAGGGGUAUUGGGGUUAGGGGGGAGAAGGGAGCAGCAAGUGCUAUUUAUAAUGUACCUCAUCUAAGGACAGGAUGGUCAGUGCCUUUGAAGGCAAAGGGAUAGGAGUCAUGCAGUGGGGAAAAAAAAUUUAAGCAAAGCCCUAUUUGUGAAAGAAUAUUUUGCAUAAACUUAAUCCACUUGAGGUCUAAAAAUUCCCUUCCAAAGGUUUGAUCAUUCAAAUUCCAAUACCCAUUUAUUUAUUAGCUUAUCCUAAUAACCUUCCCUACUUAUUGUUAGGAAGUGUUUCUCAUUCUGUUUUCAUAAUUGGUCUUUUGGACCAUGGUAGCUCCAGUGAUUAAAUUAUAUUUCAAUAGCAUUUAAAGCUACCUUAAGUGGCCUAGAGCAUAUUUGUGUUCUGUAACCUGAAAAAACAUAUUAUUGGCUCUAACACAUUUAAGAAAUUAUCUUUAGAUAAUCUUUUUUUUCUUAAAUGCUGUACAUGUAGACAGUUUUAAAAAUUCUGUUCAUUGUAAUUUAAUCUUUCCUCAAUAUUCAGAAAGGGAAUUGCAUUAAUUCUCCUUCUGCCCUAUUCAUAGUGUUUCAUAAACUCUCCUUCCCUAUCCCCAACAGUUUUUUUUUUUUUUAUUUCCAGGAGUUCCUUGGUAUGGUUAUAUAGGAAGUUACCAAACCUUUACUGCAAUGGUGUCCCCUCUUCUCCCUCUCCUCCCCCCCCCAAAAAAAAAAAAAACAGCUAAGCAAGCUAUGAAAGAUUUUUGAACUGAUUCAAUUAUGGUAAUUUUUUUUAAAGGUCUUUGGAAAGCUACAUAAGCACGAAAGAGAUCUGUAACUGGCCUGGAUUGAAAAUCCUUUACCUUUUCUAACACAAAUUCAGGUUAUUUGGGACUAGCGUAGUCGGCAUGCCUUGAAUGGGAUUCAGGAAACACUGAGAUACAAAACAGGAGCUUCUAGAAAGGAAAUCCUUUUGAUGGCUUCUCUCACUUCAUGCCCUCUUCUCCUUCCCCCUGCCCCCCAAGUCCUGCUAUACACAAGGACUAAUCAGUGUCCGAGUGAUGUCAAACAUAUGCCUGAAAAAUGAAGUAUAUGUUAUUCCCCCAUUGUAUUCAUGGGCCUUCAGCCACUCACUGAAAGGACUGAAUAGAAAGGUAACCAGAAGUUACAAGUGAUCUGAUGAGAAGAAUUUAGCAUAUGGGAUUGGAUUAAAUAUGUGUUGUUUUCAUUUUUUUUUUAAACCCACCUCACCUCAUUCAGAAUGGGAAUGGUUUCUUUGUGGUGGAUCACAGAUGCCCAGAUAUUACAAUUUUUGUGUGUAUGUGUGUGAACGAGUAAUUUGUGUAAUAAUCUAGGUUUUCCACCAAAAGACCCUUUGGACCACAUGCAUCCUUCUCUUGACCAUGCCCGCAUUAUCAGUGUUGACUGUUAAAUCCUCAGUAUCAUAGUUCACAGCCCUCCAGUUAUCUAUCAAACACUGUUAUGCACAUAAUCCAGCACUGUGAUCUAAUUUAAAUAAUACUUUUUUAUUAUUUAUACUACUAUAGAUGAUAGACAUCAACACUUUUUUGCUAUAUAACCUAAGUGAUAACCCUCUCUUAGUUACUUGCCAAACUCUGAAAUGUUUGGUUUCUAUCGCAGUUAGCACAGCUACAACAAUGUCGUAACAAUGUCUUUUUUUCCUUUGUAACGUGUGAAUCAAAAGUAUAUACAUUGUGUGUGUGGUUUCUGUUUCAAGAUGGAGUUUUACAAAGGAUUUACACACAACAUUUGAUGUUCUGUAUACUUUUGUGAAUCCGUCUGUCAAUCCCCUCUUACUUGGAGUUAAACACCCACCAAAGUUGGUGGUUCUUUCCCUUUUUUCCCUCUUUUUUUCUAUUCUUCCCUCAUACUGGUUUAUUCUUGAAUUAAGCACAGACUUGUCAACUGGGUUGCUUUAACAUUAAUACUAUACUCAACAUUGAGAUUCUUCCAUGUUUUGACAAAAAAGUGCUAAUUUCAUUGACCAAAAAUUAAGGGAAGGAUAAAGGAAAACAGAAUAAAGAAAAACAAAACAAUUCUUUAAAGUCCAAAUCUGAUGUGUCUAUGGUGCUGCAUCAUUGUUGUUGCACAUUUGAAAAUCAGAGAUGUUACGAUCACUUCUGACUUAACCGUGUUAAUAAGUAGCCUUCCUCGUUGUUGUUGUCUUUGUGAUCAUUGAAACCAAGACUAUUUAUUUGGAAAGAUAUGGACAGUGUUGUAUUUCCCCCUCUGCCCCCACUGUAUUGCAUUUGCAACAGGUGCAGAAUGGCUUUGUCUACCUUUUGCAAAGUAAUUGAUAUUCCAUAUUGGAUUCACAAAGACUUCAAUAUGGUUGAGCUAUCAUACCUAGCAAUCAUAUUUCAUCCUUUUUUAUUAUUGUGGCCUAAAAUCCCCAAUCCCUUCCUAUAGAUUGAAACUGAGCUCACUUUUAGUUAUUUAAACCUGGAAUAUUUCUCUAGUAUGUAUGUGAAGGCCAUUUAUUUAAAGUCAUAUUGUUUGGCAUUCUGUAACCAAUUUCACAUCUGUGUCAUUCACACUCACUACUUUUAACUGCCAUGGUAAAAAUAUGGAAGGGAAAAAAGUAUUUGUGUGUCCAGAAAAUAUUAUACACCUGUACUUUUUUCUACUCUGAUUCUGUAAGACUUCUGAGUUUGGUUGUUGUCUUAACAAAGAAGGGGAGAAAAUGAUAAAGCAAACAAAAGACUGAGAGGUUUAGGAUCGAUGCUUAGGGGUCAGUUGAUUUUCACUGGCCAAUAACCUUAUCUGGCCAAAUUAAUUUCAGUUGAGAAGUAACUUUUCAAAAGCCAAUUUUUUUUCUUGUAUUUGCUGUAUGAAACUGCCAAUAUCAUGAAUAGAAAAGGAGAAACACAAUGGAGGAAUAAAAAAUAAUGUUAAGUUGUAUUUUUUUGUUAUCUAAGUGAGCAGUCUGAAGGCAAGAGCAAGCAGCUGAACUUUAGGGAAUGAGAUGGUGUUGAUUUAGAGGCAUACAUACCUGCAUUUUACAUUUUCUUGAUGUGUAAUCAUAUUGCCAAAGACAAACUAUUUCAUCAAUUAUUGUAAAUAACACUUUUCCCCAAACCUACCAUAAAGUUUCUGUGAUGUAUUGUCUUCCAGUUGCAAUAAAAAUUACUGAGUUGCAUCAAUUGAAGAAAAAAAAUA